CUUUUAUAAGGGGAUCCGAUACUGAUAUUGUAUUAAAUGGGAAAAAAAUCUUUUUGAGUUAUUAUUUUAAAACUUAUCAUGAUUAUUUUAUGCUAGCUCUCAGAAAAUCCUUUGCAAUUCAAAGUCUGUGGAAUAGAAAUAACCGUCGAGGUCGAAAUGGUUAAAUAACAUAAAACAAAUCGAGACUUUUGACACAGCUGGUAAUACUCAUACGGAAUUGAUUUUUUAACCGAAUAAUGGCAAAUAUUCCCGAUUUAACAACUUUAUUGGGGAAAGCGAAAGAAGUUUAUAAAAACGAGUUUAAUUCGGAUGCUGAGAUAGUUGUAGCCGCCCCUGGGAGAGUUAAUUUAAUCGGGGAGCAUACUGAUUAUAACGAUGGAUUUGUGUUACCGAUGGCUUUACCCUUGGUUACGAUUAUAGUAGGAAAUAAAACUCAAAAUAACGAAAGCGUUAUUAUAACUUUAAGCGAAGAUAUAAAGGAAAAUAAAAAAGUUUCAAUCGAUAACCUCAAAAAAUGUAUUAAAAGCGAUCCAAAACCGAAAUGGGCCAAUUACGUUCUCGGUGUAAUAGCAAAUUACAUUGGAAAAACCUCCUCGUUCGAAGCUGUAAUAAUUUCUUCAGUUCCUUUAGGAGGCGGAUUAUCGAGUAGCGCAGCUUUAGAAGUGGCAACUUACACUUUUUUGGAUGCUUUAAAUGGAUUAAACGAUGUCUUACCGACUGAUAAAGCUUUGGCAUGCCAACGUGCUGAACAUGAUUACGCGGGUGUUCCUUGUGGAAUUAUGGACCAAUUCAUAUCUGUUAUGGGUAAAGAAAACACAGCACUUUUAAUCGAUUGUCAAAACAUAACCUCAAAAUUAAUUCCGUUUGUCAGCGAUGAAGUGGCCGUUUUAAUCACUAAUUCGAAUGUAAAGCACGAAUUGACCGGGUCUGAGUAUCCCACGAGAAGGAAACAAUGUUACGAAGCUGCGAGUUUAUUAAAAAAGAUUAGUUUAAGGGAUGCCGAUAAAAAAGAUGUUGAAGAAUUAAUUAAUUUAAAUGUUGAUGAAGUAAUAAUAAAACGUGCUAAACACGUUAUUUCGGAAAUUAAGAGAACGACGGAGGCGGCCGAAGCGUUGAGAAAUAAAGAUUUCGUUCGAUUUGGAAAAUUAAUGAUUGAGAGUCAUUAUAGCCUUAAAGAUGAUUAUGAAGUUUCUUGCCCGGAAAUUGAUGAAUUAGUUGAAUUGGCUUUAGAGGUUGAUGGUGUUUAUGGUUCUAGGAUUACCGGGGGUGGAUUUGGGGGGUGUACUGUUACUUUAGUACAAAAAGAUGCUGUGAAUAAAGUAAUUAAUAACAUUGGAGAUAAAUAUAAAGGAAAAGCGACGUUUUAUGUUUGUGCACCGAGUAAUGGGGCACAAAUAAUCUCAGCACCUUAUUUAUAAUUUUAUUUAAAAUAAGCUACAAAAAAUAAAUUCUUUAUUUCA